AGGCGACUAGGGUAUGGUUUUGCCAUAUAGGUCUGUAGGUUGUUGCUUUAUGUCACUGCUUUCUGAGGUAAACUAGUAACUCCAUAUUUGGCAAAGUCUUUUCAGAUGCUUUAGGUUUUGAAUUACCAAAUGUCGCCUUUGAUUUCAUUAUAAAAAGCAGAAUGUUAUAUAGGUGGUGUAAAACAAGGUCUGUAAAACGUCUCAAGGUUGAUGGUCUGAUUUUGGUCAUGCUUGUUUUUGCAGUUAAAAGGCUUUUAAGCUGCACGCUGACUGUUCCAGCAUGAGGCACUGUCAUGUGACCUGUCGUCACACUGUGACCAAUGAGAUUACAGCUUUAUACAAAACUGGAUCUGAUUUGAAAAAAUAUUAAGAAUUGAUUCUGAAAGACAGUGAUGGGAUUAAUCAUAUGGCUGCCUGCCUCAGUCACAUGAUGUCAGUGUGUGUGUGUGUGUGUGUGUGUGUGUGUGUGUGUGUGUGUGUGUGUGUUAUGCAGCAGAUUGCUGUCUUUCACUGAAAAAAUGUCCACUGAAUUCACUUCAUUCAAACGUGUCCAAUGCAUUAACGCAGUUUCUUUUCAUACUGUCCAUCCAACAUGAUCUGAUCAUGUCUUUUUAAAGUCCUGGAAGUCGAACUCUGCGCACACACUUGAGCUUAGAAUCGAAUGUGCAUUCUUGGCGCUGUGAGGCGGCGUCAUUACAUACGACACUUAAAUGAAGUCAAAUUAUUUCUUCCUGUCAGCACUAACAUCCUCACGAGAUUUUAUCACGUAAUUAGAUCACGCUAAUACUGUCAAUUGAUCACACUCAUAUAAUCAUACUCAUAUCAUCCUAACUAGUAGAUUAGAUGCUUGCUUAAAUUUUGUCUAAUCUAAUUUUGUCUAAUCUGAUCUAUUAUAUACUGGUAAAUUAGAUACUUGCUUAAAUUUAGUCUAAUCUAAUGUCAUCUACUCUGAUCUACUAUUUACUGGUAGAUUAGAUACUUGCUUAUAUUUAGUCUAAUCUAAUUUUGUCUACUCUGAUCUACUAUUUACUAGAUACUUGUUUAAAUUGAAUACACGUAAUGGAAUCACAUUUUAACAAGAAUAUUUUUUAUGGAAAUGAUUAGCGAUAUUGAUUAGCGAUAGAACUCAGUUUUACUUUUAGAUCAAUGUUUGUGUUUCUGAGGCUCUCAAGAUCACAGCUUUCACUUGUAGCCAAAAACAGUGGUGAAUGGUACUAUAUUUAUAUUGUCACUGAUAUCGUUAUCGCAAUAAAUACCAGAAAAUAUCAUGCUAUAGUUUUAAGUUCAUAUCACCCAUCCCUAGAAAUGAUACAUUAUAUUUGCUCUUAAAUCUAUUCAACUGCAUAUUUCUUUUUUUUUUUUCUUCAGUCCGUUCAGAGUUGUAGGGUUUUGGCCUCAUUCCUCACUGAAGCAUUGUGCACCCAUCUGCUGUCAGUAAAUGCUCUGCUGCUUGAUUAAAGGCAGAAUAAAGCAUCUAAAUCAGCCAGGUUACAAUGUGUUAGACAGCUGCACGGGGCAGACUAGCAUGUGAAAUUCUUUGGCCUGGCUGAAACUCCCGAGACGUGAAUGGAGAGAGAAGUGGGUGUAGUACUGUAACUGUACUGAGAAUGUCUAGUGGAAAAACACUGAGUACCAAGUAUACGAGGAGAAUGUUAAAGGAAUAUUCCAGUUUUUUUUUCCCCCAACCUAAUCUCAUUCUAAUGCAUAUGUGAGAUUACCAUAAAUCAUUUACCAUUUUGAUGCAUUUUAAGGUUAUUACUUGUCACAUUGUCUUAAAUUAUCCCCCAAAAAUUGCUGUGUCAUCAGUUUUGUCCAUGUGAGAUGAUAAGAGUCAUGGGUCAUGUACAGCGAUGUAGCAUAUAGUGGUUAGUGCAUUUGCCUCUUACCUCCAGGGUCGGGGGUUCGAUUCCCACCGUGGCCCUGUGUAUGCGGAGUUUGCAUGUUCUCCCUGUGCUGUGGUGGUUUCCUCUGGGUACUCCGGUUUCCUCCACCAGUCCAAAGACAUGCAUGGUAGGCUGAUUGGCAUGUCCAAAAGUGUCCGUAGUGUAUGAAUGGGUGUGUGAGUGUGUACGUGAUUGUGUUCUGCAAUGGAUCGGCUUCCCGUCCAGGGUGUCCCCUGCCUUGUGUCUCAUGCCCCCUGGGAUAGGCUCCAGGUUCCCCGUGACCCAGUAAGGUUAAGUGGUACAGAAGAUGAAUGGAUGGAUGGAUUUCUUUAUGGAAAUAUGAGAGAGAGUCAAAUGCAAUUUUUUGCAUUGUUUAUUGCAAAAUGUGUCACAAAAGUGUAUCAGGUUUAAGACCACAGUAGAAAGGGCUACUGAGAAUAAUGGACAAAUAGUACAUUUUUUACUUUUGCAAAUGUAUUGUAUUGUUUUGUAUUGUAUUAGGUUUUCAUUUGACUCACCUAUAUCAUUCCUGGAAGGUUAGUUUGUAGUUUUAAAAUAUAUAUAUAGUACCCAAAAGCAACAUUUGAUGAAUGUUGCUUGUCCUAAAACCGUAAGAGAACAUUGUGUUUAAAAGCUCCCAGAAUGUUUUAGGAGCAGCGCUUGACUUCGUUAAUUGAAAUAGAAUGCUCCCAGAACAUUAUUAAAUAGUUCCCCCUAAUAAAUAAAUAACAUAAUGUAAGCUGAAACGCAUGCCAGUAUUAGGGAAAUGUUCCGUGUUUACUGGGCACAUUAAAAUGUUAAAAUAUAUCAUUUUGAUAUUUAUUUAAAGUGCUAAUAGUGUGUUAUAUCAGUCAUAUACUGUAUUCUCCCAUAAGUAUAGCAGGCCAAAGAGAGACUCAGUGAAGAUCUGAGAGAAACAGGGCUCUUAUAUCGUGUUGAGGUUAUGUGUUGUUUGCUGUUAAUAAACUCGUUUGUGUAAAUGUGUACGUGUUAUACACUGUGCUCGGAAAGGCUGUAAGAUCAGAUUGUUUUAACUUACUUGAUACGUACACUACCGGUCAAAAGUUUGUGAACACUCGACUGAAAUGUUUCUCAUGAUGUUAAAAAGCUUUUGAUCUGAAGUUGUAUGAUUAAAUGUUUGAAAUCGUGCAAAAAUAUAAUCGUGCCGACAUGUUCAUUUCUUUCAUUGGAAAACUAACAUUUCAUUUACAAAUAAAUAUUUUGUUUAAACGGACGAUUCGGAGCAAAAUAUUUAGAAAAGCAGCCAGUAAGUGUCCAGCGUAGGUGGGAACUCCUUUAAUACUGUUUAAAAAGCAUCUCAGGGAAAUUCCUCAAGAAAUCUGUCAAGAAAAUGCCAAGAAUACAUUUCUGAAAAUUCUCGGCAAAAAGGGCGUCUACUUUGAAGAUGCUAAAAUGCUAAAUUAUUUUGAUUUAUUUUGAUUUUUUUUUUUUAUCACAGCAUAAUUCCCAUAGUUCCAUUUGUGUUAUUCCAGAGUUUUGAUGACUUUAUUAUUAUUCUAAAAUGUGGGGAAAAUAAUAAAAAUAAAGAAUGAGUGUGUCUGAACUUUUGACCGGUAGUGUAUCUGACCUUUAUAUUGAAGUCGUAACAGAAACUAAAAUCCAACCAGAUCUCUUUUUUAUUGUUAUUAUUCUAUGAAAAACAAAUCUGGUUUAUAGCCUGCUGUUUAAAAGUCUUGCCUUACUUAUUCACAGUUCUUCCCAUAGUAUAUGAAAAUAUAACUCUGUAUUAUUCCAUAGAAAAUGCUAAAAAGUUCGCUCAGAAACUCACACUAGGAGAAAGGGAAGUGGGAGCGACAGCCUGCGAAGAUCCAGGUGGUUCUCAUUACGGCAGGAUGCCUCUUGGCCUGUGCUGAAAUUACACAGCUGGUUUCAGGGAAUUCUGCACAAAUCUCUGCAGAGUGGAGAGAGAAAGACAGAAAGUGGGAGAGCAAGAACAAAAAAAAGACAAAAUGCUGUAGGACUUAAGUAGAUGCAAUUUUAUUAAAUUAGGUCUUAAUGAAAGUUAAGCUACUUGGUGGUUGAGUAGCAUGGAGCAGGCAGUGUGUAGGGUGAAUACGAUAUAAAAUUUCUCGAAGCACACAGCCUAGUUUUCCCAGGUCUCAUUAGUGGUGGACUAAUUGUGUAACCGUUGUGUCAUAAAUGCUUUGCAAAUGUCCCCCAAACCUGUAACUGACAAACUCUAUACAUCAUCUCUCCAAAAGCAUCCACCCCAAAUCUGCUUUUUGUUCGAAGUCUUUUUUUUUCCCCCUUCAUGUUAAUUUGGGAGCUGUUAACCAAGAUUACAAAGUGAAGAAUUACGCCAUGACCUAACAGCGCAAAUAAACACAGGCAUUUUGACCUCCGGGAAAGUGCAACUUUCAAUGUGUUAAACAUUAUCACUUCAUUCUCCCAAUCUAGCACAGAAGGCAGUGCCUGAAACUUCAUACACAUUCAAAUGCACCAUAAAAGGCAGAUAUUUUACAUGUGUGUGAGCUACAGAAUGAGGUUUGAAACACAUUCAGAGAAUGUGUGUGGUGUGUGGUGAAACAGGCUGAACAAAUAAAAUAAUGUAGAUACAGAGGAAAACAUUUAUCAUUUAGACAUACAAAAAGAAGAGGGGGACUGACGGUGUGCAAAGACAGCAAAAGAUUUGAUAGAACUCAAGAAUAAUCACUAGAACCCCAUCAGGUAAAUGGGUUUUAAACCAUAUAGUCGUUUCUCUUUUAGUUAAACUGGAUAUCUUUCCAAAUUAAUCUGCACUUCACUCUAAUACACUCUAAUAAAAUAUAAUGCUAACCUGUACAUUUAAUUAUCACUAUCAUGGUACCCUCAAGGGUAUACCUAUUGUACCUUUAAUAUACAGUGUCUCCUGGAAAUGUGGAGUGUACCUUUAAAUAUGAUUAGACUGUAAUUACCUUUUAGAAUGAAGCUAUAAAGGUGCACUUUAUGCACAUUUCUAGGUAAAACAUGUAUACUGGGCUCAACAAGCGAGCCAAGGGAGCAAAAUUGGUCUUGCACUCUGGGUCAUAAGGAUGGCAUACUCUCUCCCCUGUCAAUCACAGUGAAACUAGUCAACAACAGGCAUCUCUGAGCUGAUGCAUGCAAAAGAGGUCGAAUAGACCUUUCAUCCUAAUGUGUUACGCUGUUCGAAAAGAUGUGUUUGGCUGGUUUCGUGUGUUUCUGGUUUCUGUUUCAUGUGCAUGAGUUCGCCUUCACCCUCCUGGUUGGUAGUUAUUGUAGGACAGGAGACAGCUGGCUGCUAGGUGGGAAUUGGCCAGGACUACAUUAGGGGAGAAAAUGGAGGGAAAAAAAGAUGCAUACUAUAAGUACAAAAGGUUUAUCCUUGAGGGUGGCACCCCAAAAAGGAAAAGUGCAGUUUAGUACACCUUUUUUUCUAUGAGCAUUGCUACAGCAUUGACUUUAGGAGAAAUUUAAACAGAACUGCUAUCUGAAAUAGACAAAGCUGAAAUAACAUAAAGCUUUACAAUCCGCUCCAGCUUUGCAGAUUUCUUUUAACAUUCACAUUUACAUUUCGAGCAUUUAACAAAUUCCCUUAUCCAGAGUGACUUAAAAAAGUACUUUAUAGUCUCAAUCAAAAACACAUACUCAUGCGAAUACAAAUAGGUCAAAUCAAUGUGUUGUUGUUUUUUUUUCUUCCCUAUCCUAAGUGUGCAUCCGUUUUAGUUUAACUCGAAUUGCAGUAAUGAACCACUGAGUGCAGAAAAAUAGCAAUUUGGAAAACCACCAUGUUAGAAGCCACUGGAGGCCUUUGUAGUGGAGUACUCAAAAAAAUACGUCCGUAACAUUAAUCCCACUUGGAAUGGUCUAUGUGGAAGUCUUCUUUAUAUCUGACAUGGAAACGGGUUUAAACAACAAGUUGGAGCGACGUCCUUAAAAUCCCACAAUACCACAGUGGUUCAAUUUUGUACCUUUUCCUUUCCUCUUGAGUAUGUGUUCAAAAUAAAAUGAGAGAUUUUCAUUAUUUCUAUGCAUCUACAAAUAAUUAUUUCAUGAUGGCUUGGACGAUGUCCAUUUGCUUUGGAAGGUACAAAAAGUCUUUGCUUCAUUUGGAUCCUAUAGCAUACGGCAUGACCUCGAAUCCAAAAGCUACACGCAGGCAUAUGAGCAGCACAUGUUCUCUGUGCACUCGACUCAUCCUACAGUUUAAGCUUCAUUCUUCAUUGUGGGUUUUUUUUUUUUCAUUCAUAACCACAGCCAAAAGUGACAUGAUGAAAAAAAAAAAUUCUGGUCGUUUAAAAUGCUUGGUAAAAAAUGAAUCUGAACGACAGUUGGAGAGCUCGGCCGUAUUGUUCUUUUUGGCUGGCUCUUUUGUUUUAGCCGUUUUGCCUCGUCUUUUUCAUUUUCAUCCCUCUAAACAGGAGGCUGUUGUUUUUUAUUUGCUCCUCAGGCACUCCAGCUCUAUGCAAGACCAAAAAAGAAACAACAGUAGAGAGUAUUGUGGCUCUGUAUAUUGAAGAAAAGCAGAAAGAUCUGGUGUGGCUUAGCAGCCGAGAGACUGAACACACUGUGCUGUAGAGGUCAGAGGGUCCUCCGUGAAGUCACAGUAAUGAUUAUUUUCUCUUUGGUAUUUCUCCGGUGGUGCUGAGUGACUGCUCCCACACCUGGAUGUUUAAGGUGAACCCUGAGCUCGAUUGGCACCACUUCAUCAAUCCCAUCAUGCUCCUGGUGCUGUACUACACACUGGCCACGCUCGUCCGCCUGUGGCUGCAGGAACCCAUGGACACGCAGGUAAAAGAGAAAGAGGGGGUUGCUAAAGUAACAGAGGAGAAUGAAGAGCAGCCUCCUGUAAGCACUCAGCUCCAUCAGACAGCGGAGAAAAAGAGAGAGAUGUGGAGGAUGGCACGCUUUCUCCCCGACAAAAGAAAGGUAUUGAUUGUGACAUCCAAUGGAGGCCCCGUGGAUCUGAUGACUCUGUCACGGGAGAACGGACCAGUUUCUGCAGAACUCUACUCCACCCCUAAAUACAAAAGCCAGGAUGAGUCGGACGAAGAGAGAAUGGACACCAGUGUGUAUGAGAUCAGCCCUGUGCUCUCAGGAGUCCCAGGUUUGCCUGAGACGACCAUCCGAGUGAACGCAGUGGUCAAGAUCUUUCGCUUUGUUAUGAAGCAGAGCUACAUCUGUGCCCUCAUCGCCAUGAUGGCAUGGAGUAUCACGUAUGUGAGCUGGCUGACCUUCGUCUUCCUCAUCUGGUCAUGCACCUUGUGGAUGGUGAGGGACAGGAGAAAGUACGCCAUGAUCACGUCUCCCUUUAUGGUGUUUUAUGGGGACCUGCUCAUUGUGCUGCAGUACAUCUGGAGCUUCCAGACACUGCAGCCUGUGCCAGGCCUCUUCCUCAAGAAGGAGGUGCCCUUUCGGGAACUGGGCUCCAAGAUCCUGUGUCUUCUGAGUUUCUGGCUACUGCUAAGACAGGCUUUGACAGAAAGGAGAGAGAAACAGAGAGACGAGACACAGCUGUCUGAUAUCAAGGUGGAGGACAGCUCACAAGAGAAAUACAUGGAUGGAGAUGUCGGGGGACAGAGAGAGAUGAUGGACGUGUUGGGCAGUACAUUCAUGGCCAUGUUGAAUAAGUACUGGAUCUAUAUCUGUGGAGGAAUGUUCUUUUUCGUAAGCUUCGAGGGACGCAUCGUCAUGUACAAGAUCAUCUACAUGAUGAUGUUCCUCUUCUGUGUAGCACUCUAUCAGCUGAACUAUGAGAGGUGGAGAUGGAUGCUGAAGUACUUCUGGAUGUCAGUGGUGGUGUACACCAUGCUUGUGCUCAUCCUCAUCUACACAUUUCAGUUUGAGUCGUCUUUACAUGUCUGGUCCAACAUGACUGGCUUGAGCAAAGAGAAACUGGAAGAUCUGGGCUUGGAGAGGUUCUCUGUUCCAGCUCUGUUCACACGAAUCUUCAUCCCCACCUCCUUCUUGCUGGUGUGUAUCCUCCAUCUGCAUUACUUCCAUGAACGCUUCUUGCAGCUCACUGACAUCAAGGCAGUCGCAGACAAGCAGAAAAGCACCAUCUCCAGACUUGUGCAUCUUGAUGGCAGUUUGGCAGAUUUAUCUAUGAUAAAACCCGAGUUUAACUCCUCUGUAAAAGAUGAAGAAAUUGAGGAGAAAGUGGAUCUUAACGAGGAUGAGGUUGACAUUAAGGUAAAAGAAGAGGAAGAUGAAGAGAUAUGCGAUGUGUUCUGCAAGACGCAAAGUUUCUCCUGCCACAUAUUAUCAGAACCAGAGCCAGAUCAGGGAGACGACCUGAGGAAUAAGUGGCACCUGGUGAUGGACCGGCUGACCGUGCUGUUCCUCAAGUUCCUGCAGUAUGUCCAUCAGCUGCAGCUCUUCAUCUGGUGGCUUCUGGAACUUCACGUUAUCAAGAUUGUGUCGUCUUACAUCAUCUGGGUUUCUGUCAAAGAGGUGUCCCUGUUUAAUUAUGUUUUCUUGGUGAGUUGGGCUUUCGCUCUGCCCUUCAGCCAGUUUCGCCCUCUGGCCUCCAGUGUGUGCACCGUGUGGACCUGCGUCAUUAUUGUCUGCAAAAUGCUCUACCAGCUCACCUCCAUCCAGCCUGCCACAUACUCCAAAAACUGCUCCAUGCCGGAUAACUAUACAGAUGUUCAGAGGUUGGACAUGGCCAGGUCUCUUCUCUACAGCAGCCCAGUGGACCCUGCCACCUGGGUCGGUCUCAAGAAGUUCUCUCCAUUACUGGAGAAUUUAAGGAAUAACUUGUUGAUGUUGGCCCUGCUGGCUUUUGAGGUAACUGUCUACCGGCACCAAGAUUUUUACCGUAUGAAAAACAACCUGACUGUUCCUGUCACCAGAACAAUCUUCCACAACAUUACACGCCAACACCUGGAUGAUGGCAUCAUUAAUUGUGCCAAGUACUUUAUCAACUACUUCUUCUACAAAUUCGGCCUAGAGACCUGCUUCCUGUUAGCAGUGAACGUCAUUGGUCAGCGGAUGGAUUUUUGCGCAAUGCUGCAUGCGUUCGGGUUGGUUGCAGUGCUGUACCAGCGCAGAAGGAAGGCCAUCGCUGGGGUCUGGCCAAAAUACUGCUGCUUCCUGGGCUGCAUGCUUACCUACCAGUACCUGAUAUGCAUUGGCAUCCCACCAGCAGCUUGCUCAGACUAUCCAUGGAGACGUCCUUCAUCCAGCAUGGACUCCAACGUGGUCAAGUGGCUCUACCUGCCUGACUUCCAUACCAGACCCAACCCUCUCUUCCUCCUCUAUGAUUUCAUGUUGCUGCUGUGUGCAUCGCUGCAGAGACAUGUGUUUGAGGAGGAGAAUGAGCCCUCCGUGCGUCCCCUGGCUGGAGAUAAUGUGGAGAUCUGCAGAGACUUGGACGCUGCCACCUUCAGUCAACAUAACCCUGUCCCUGAUUUCAUCCACUGCAGAUCAUAUCUUGAUAUGCUGAAGGUGAUCAUGUUCAGCUAUCUGUUCUGGUUCGUCCUCACCAUCAUCUUCAUUACGGGGACCACACGCAUCAGCAUAUUCUGCAUGGGUUAUCUGGUAGCCUGUUUCUACUUCUUGCUCUUUGGUGGAGAGCUGUUACUCAAGCCAAUUAAAACCAUUCUGCGUUACUGGGAUUUCCUCAUCGCAUACAAUGUGUUCGUCAUCACCAUGAAGAACAUCCUCUCUAUAGCUGCCUGUGGAUAUAUUAAAGCCUUGGUGGUUAAUCACUGCUGGCUCAUCCAGCUGUUCAGUCUGGCAUGCACUAUAAAGGGCUAUUCACGACCGGAACAGCAGGCUAAUAAACAGUGUGAACUGCCCAGUGAUGAAGCAGGUAUCAUCUGGGACAGCAUCUGUUUUGCCUCCCUGCUGCUGCAGAGACGGGUCUUCAUGAGCUACUACUUCCUGCACGUGGUGGCUGAUAUCCGCUCUUCACAGGUCCUGGCUUCCAGAGGAGCCGAGUUAUUCCAGGCCACAAUCGUGAAGGCAGUGAAAGCACGACUUGAAGAGGAGAAAAAAUCCAUGGACCUGCUAAAGCGACAGAUGGACCGUAUUAAGAGUCGGCAGCAAAAGUUUAAGAGGGGAAAGGAGAGGAUGUUGAGCUUGGCACAGGAGAGUGGCGAGAGUCAAUCACUUUCCAGAGAAGAAGUGGAAGAUAACGGAGAGACGAGUAAAGAGAUGAGAAAAGGAAAAAGGAAGCAGUGGUGGAGACCCUGGGUUGAUCAUGCCUCCAUGGUGAGAAGCGGGAAUUAUUAUUUGUUUGAGACGGACAGUGAAGAGGAAGAGGACGACGAGGAGAAAAAAGAGGAAGAACUACCAAAGAGAUCGGCAUUUCAAUUUGUGUAUCAUGCAUGGAUCACUGACUCCAAAACAGCCAUGAAGGAACGCAGCAAAGAGAGGCGGCGUUUCUGGCAGAGAUACACAGAGGGACGCAAAACCAAGAAGGACCAGCGGGAGGCAGCUCAUGUAGCCCUUGAGGUGGGAGAUCAAGUGGAGGACACAGUUGAAGAGGAGAGAUCAGAUGGGCCAGACAAUGUACUGAAGCGUGUGUUUAACAUAGUGAAGUUUUCGUGGGUGCUCUUCCUGGCAUUGUUGGACAGUUUCACUGCCUGGCUCAACUCGAUGUGCCAGGAAUACAUUGACAUCUCCACUGUGCUGCGCACUGAACGCUGUAUGCUCACACAUGAGGUCAAAAAGGGAAACACUCCAUCACGAGGGAUCAUACACAUGUAUUACCAGCAGCAGUUGUGUAGACCUUCAUCCUCUGAGACUGUUCUGGAGGGAGCAGAGAGGCUGCAGGUUCAACGAGAUUCUGUCUCAGCACAGCAUCAGGACAGAGAGGACGAGAGCAUGAACGCUGUUCCCAAUAAAGACAGUCUGACCCGUGUAUACACUGAGUCCACAAAGGCAUACAGUCAGUCCAUACUGGAGUCCAGUGAGACCGGUGCAGACCGCGUGCCCAAGACGAGCGAGAGACAUCGGCCCAAACUGUGUCGUCUGCAGGGGGUGGAGCUCCCCUCUUCCUCCUCCUCUUCCUCCUCAUCAUCUGCAGAGAGUUCAGCCAGCGCUGCAGUCAGUGAAAACACACAGUGCACGGCAAUAUGUUCUUGCCAAGGUACUGGUGAUACCAUCGAAGAGCAAAACGAUGCUCGAGAAAGCCCUCACUGUGGUGAUGGCUGGACCACCACACAUCUGCCUGAGCCCUCGGCUAUCCGGCGUUGUAGCAGUGAGGUGCAGACUCUCAAAGGAGGUUUAGCGUCAGAGUGGGACACUGCAUUAGCAUCCAAACAGACUACAUGGCCACAGCUCAGUAGGUUCCCUUCUGAGGCAGAUAUUCCUCCCUCCUACAGCAAGGCCACAGGUCUGGACUCUGUGUGUGAGUCAGCAGCUCACGCUGAAGACAAAAAGCUCAGGAUAAAUGCACCAGACAACAGCACACUCCCCUCUCUGAGCCACGAGCUCACAGCCAGUGAACUGCUGCGCAACAGGAUGUUUUAUGAUGAAGAGCUGGAGGAAUCGGAGCGCUUCUACAGCUCCCAGCCACAGAUCCUACAGCUGUGCUAUGCUCUCUAUAACAUGCUGGUGGCCCACUCAGAGAUGGUGUGUUACCUAGUCAUUAUUCUUAAUCACAUGGUCUCAGCCUCGGUGGCCACGCUGGUGCUGCCCAUCCUCAUCUUCCUGUGGGCCAUGCUGUCUGUACCCCGGCCCAGCAAGCGCUUCUGGAUGACCGCAAUAGUCUACACAGAGGUCACCAUAGUGAUAAAAUACUUCUUCCAGUUUGGUUUCUUCCCCUUCAAUCAGAACGUAGAGUUGGACAAGACCAAACCAUUUCACCCUCCUAAUAUAAUAGGAGUCGAGAAGAAAGAAGGAUAUGUCCAUUAUGACCUAGUCCAACUGCUGGCACUCUUCUUCCAUCGCUCAAUUCUUAAGUGUCAUGGUCUGUGGGAUGAGGACGACAGGAGAGCAGAAUCUAAAAAUGCACUGUACAGUCACUCAGACUCGGACAGCACAGAGAAACCCCCAGUCCGAAGGGAAAGGGGUUCGCUGACCCGCAACACUUUAAUGGAGACUACACACGUCCGCAUUACGAGAAAACUCUCAAACACACCCUCCACCAUGCGCCGGCACAGUUCCAGUGCAGGAUCUCACAUCUCCCACAGAUCAACACGUUCCGGAGGAGGCAGUUCAGUCACGAGGUCGAGUGUGUCUCGAGCAGGCAGUGUGUUAGGGGUUCAGCAGAAGAGUCGCAAAGAGCUCAUUUUGGAGAAAUUCCGAGAGCAACUCAUCAAAGCCAAGAAAUUCACAGUCAAAAUAGCCCUGGAUAUCUUUGUUCCAAUUCGCCAGUUCUUCUACAACCUGAUCCACCCAGAAUACAGCGCAGUGACAGAUGUCUACGUGCUCAUGUUCCUGGCUGAUACCGUCGACUUCAUCAUCAUCGUUUUUGGAUUCUGGGCUUUUGGGAAACACUCUGCUGCUGCAGACAUCACAUCAUCUCUGUCAGAGGAUCAGGUUCCUGAAGCGUUCCUCGUCAUGGUCCUCAUUCAGUUUGCGACUAUGGUGGUGGACCGAGCGCUCUACCUGAGGAAGACUGUUAUGGGGAAGGUCAUCUUUCAGGUCAUACUAGUGUUCGGUAUCCACUUCUGGAUGUUCUUCAUACUUCCAGGAGUCACUGAGAGGCGUUUCAGUCAGAACAUGGUGGCUCAGCUCUGGUACUUUGUGAAGUGCAUCUACUUUGGUCUAUCAGCGUACCAGAUCCGCUGUGGCUACCCUACUCGUGUGCUGGGCAACUUCCUGACCAAAAGCUAUAAUUAUGUCAACCUUUUCCUCUUCCAGGGGUUCCGGUUGGUUCCGUUCCUGACUGAACUGCGGGCCGUGAUGGACUGGGUUUGGACAGACACUACUCUGAGUCUCUCUAGCUGGAUCUGUGUGGAGGACAUUUACGCACACAUCUUUGUGCUCAAAUGCUGGAGGGAAUCAGAGAAAAGGUAUCCUCAGCCACGUGGGCAAAAGAAGAAGAAGGUGGUUAAGUAUGGGAUGGGUGGUAUGAUCGUCAUGUUACUCAUCUGCAUCGUCUGGUUCCCGCUCCUCUUCAUGUCUCUGGUCAAAUCGGUGGCCGGCGUAGUCAACAAACCCCUGGAUGUGUCUGUCACGAUCACACUGGGAGGAUUUCAGCCGAUCUUCACAAUGAGUGCUCAGCAAAAUCAACUGAAGGACAUCACCGAGGUGGAAUUCCUAGAGUUUAUGAAUUCCUACAACUAUAUUCCGAGUGCAAUGCAAUUUUUGGAGGCAUACACUGCAGAGGAUGUGACAGUAGCUGAAUUAGAGGGAAGUUCCAACUCUCUCUGGACCAUCAGCCCACCCAGCAGGAAGAACCUCAUGGAAGUACUGAACAAAGAGGACCAGUUUCCUGUCACCAUGUCCUGGACUGUACAGAGGAAUCUUAGUCUUGGGGCUAAGGCUGAAAUUGCCAUGGACAAGCAUGUUACAUAUCUGGAUAUGAGUACAAGACAAGAGUUAAUAGAUUUGCUGAAUGGAACAAGGAACAAAGCUGUAGUUAUUAAACAGGUCUUCCCCUGUUUCAUUCGAGCACCCAGCGACUCAAAUGCAAAACCUAUAGAACAGCUUUAUAAAGACGGUGACUAUAAGGACAUCCUGUUGGACCUAGAGCGCACCAAUAACAGCAGUGGUGAGAUUCAGGAAUGGUGGAUCGUGGACCAGCCAUCUGCAGAGAAGAUCAACAUCAGAUCUGGAGCGAAGGCAGAGAGGAUAGGGGAGGCUGGACUGCAGCUGUAUGUCUUCAAUGAUAAAGUUAGUCCUCCCAGCCUGGGCUUCCUCGCUGGCUACGGUAUCAUGGGUCUGUAUGCCUCCGUGGUGCUGGUCAUAGGUAAGUUUGUGCGUGAAUUCUUCAGUGGGAUCUCACAUUCGAUCAUGUUCGAGGAGCUGCCCUGUGUGGAUCGCAUCCUCAAACUGUGCACUGACAUCUUCCUGGUGCGAGAGACUGGAGAACUGGAGCUGGAGGAAGAUCUGUACGCCAAGCUCAUCUUCCUCUACCGCUCCCCUGAGACCAUGAUCAAGUGGACCAGGGAGAAGACUAAAUGACGCACGAGAUUCUCCAGGGAACAAGAAGAAAUUGAGCACAAGAUGAAGGACGUGCCGGCAGAGGUGUGUGUCCACAUAAUCGGUGUGCUCAUGCGAUAACGAAUAUGAAAAUGGCCACCAAAUGUGGUCUUCAUUAAUGUGACCUACAGGUUUAGCUAAACUGAACCUGAAAAGCCAAAGGACUGGGGGAAUAGAGCUGCUUCCAUAAACUUUAAUAAGCAAGCCUGAGCUGUGUUCUAGCACCCCCUACCUGCUAAAAACAGAAAUGAACUGGAUUGUGCAAUAUACUGUCCUGGUAGCUGUAAACAGAAAUACAACGGAGCAAGAAAAGAAAGACAGUGAUUGAAAGACACUAGCCACUUUUGACUCAAGAGAAAAUGAUGGGAAGUGCUUGGGUCCUUCGUAAAAAUGUCAAAUGACAUACCACCAGGUUUCAUUACCAGUGUUUGAGAGUGUGAAGAGAACCAUGUGUGGUAACCUGAUGACCAUGUUGUUAGGAGUGUCAUCUCAUCAAAGCAGUAUUUAGUUCAUUUUUCCAUAUACGGCAUUGAACAGCCACAGCAUCAAGAACUCUUCUCUCCUACAGUUACAUAUGCGUUGUGUACAUUGGGGUGGAAUUAUGGUUCACUGACCUGAGCAUAAAGCACAUUUUUGAAA